AUGGAUACAGACCUUCACAUUCAUUCCCUUCACUUGAGAAACUUGACUUUUUUUUCUUUCUUCUCUGAGCUGCACCACUCAAAUCAGGUUGCUACCACUAUAAUGGAAACCGCAGCUAUCAGUGCAGUCUUUCUGGUCUCUGUAGCUGCAAAUGCAGGAGCUGCAGUCCUGGUAACCUGUGGACGCAGGCUGCUUGCCAAUAAGACCAUCCUGACGCUCAACUUGUUCGUGGCUGAUCUGCUGUUCGUCAGCAUGAUCCCGCUGAUUGUGACAGUGCGUUGGACCGUGUCCUGGGAGCUGGGGUAUGCAGCCUGCCACACAUUGCUCUAUGUCAUCUGUAUGAGUGGCUGUGUCACCAUCACAACCUUGGCCACGAUCAGUGUGGAGAGAGUCCAGGCUAUUCUCUGGCUGCAGACUGUGCCAAGUCUGGCUCCCAGGAUGGUGACUGUGACCCUCGUCUUCAUCUGGGCUUUCUCUGCACUCACCUCCCUCCCCCUCAGUCUGUUCUUCACUGUGAUGGAAGUGGAUUUCCCAAAGCUGGAACACGGUCACAUCUGUACUCUCAAGUGGCCUGACCCAGCAGGGGAGAUUGUGUGGAACGUAGUCUUCACUGCCCUGAGCUUCCUUCUCCCAGGACUCAUCAUUCUGGUUAGUUACAGCAAAAUAUUGCAGGUGGGUUGGGUGGUGACGUUCACUCUGGCAAAUUCAGCGCUCAAUCCCAUCCUCUACUCGGUCUGCCAGUUCAAGAACAGCUGGCGCAAACGCUGCUGUGGCUCAGUUGUGUUUCCAGUGAGAAAAAGACCCACCAGUGGGUGAACACUGGGAAUACAUCCAUAAUCAUGUCAAAUAGAGCAGGGAUGUCAAACUCAUGUUACAUUGCGGGGCCACAUACAGCCCACUUUCACCUUUAGUGGGCCACACCAGUGAAACUCUUCUUUCUCUCUGUGUAAAGAAGUCUAAAUACACAUUUGAGAUAUCUUAAUAUAAGAAAAAGAAGUGCAAUUUCAACCAUAUGUCUUAUUUUC